AUGUGCCCGACUCCCGACGCUCCGGCCGCCAACGGCCACUCCAACGGCGUGAACGGCCAGGCCAACGGCAGCAACAGCUCCUCCCACCCAGGCUUCACUGGCAUCACCACCAACCAGAACCCCCACCCCGCCCGCCCCUCGAAUCCCUACCAGCCCGUGGGCGACUUCCUCAGCAAUGUCUCGCGCUUCAAGAUCAUCGAGAGCACCCUGAGAGAAGGCGAGCAGUUCGCCAACGCCUUCUUCGACACCGAGACCAAGAUCAAGAUUGCCAAGGCCCUCGAUGACUUCGGCGUCGACUACAUCGAGCUGACCUCGCCUGCUGCCUCGGAGCAGUCUCGCCGCGACUGCGAGGCGAUCUGCAAGCUCGGCCUCAAGGCCAAGAUUCUCACCCACGUCCGCUGCCACAUGGACGACGCAAGAAUCGCCGUCGAGACCGGUGUUGACGGUGUCGAUGUCGUCAUUGGCACCUCGUCGUACCUGAGGGAGCACUCCCACGGCAAGGACAUGACCUACAUCAAGAACACUGCCAUUGAGGUCAUCAACUUCGUCAAGUCCAAGGGUCUUGAGAUCCGUUUCUCUUCGGAGGAUUCGUUCCGUUCCGACCUCGUCGAUCUCCUCUCCAUCUACAGCGCCGUCGACAAGGUUGGCGUCCACCGUGUCGGUAUUGCCGACACCGUCGGUUGCGCCACUCCCCGCCAGGUCUACGACCUCGUCCGCACUCUGCGCGGCGUUGUUAGCUGCGACAUCGAGACCCACUUCCACAAUGACACUGGCUGCGCUAUCGCCAACGCCUACUGCGCUCUCGAGGCUGGCGCCACCCACAUCGACACCUCUGUCAUUGGUAUCGGUGAGCGCAACGGUAUCACCCCUCUCGGUGGUCUCAUGGCCCGCAUGAUCGUUGCCGACCACGACUACGUCACCUCCAAGUACAAGCUGCACAAGCUCAAGGAGAUUGAGGAUAUGGUUGCCGAGGCCGUUGAGAUCAACGUUCCCUUCAACAACUACAUCACCGGUUUCUGCGCUUUCACGCACAAGGCUGGUAUCCAUGCCAAGGCCAUCCUGAACAACCCUAGCACCUACGAGAUCAUCAACCCCGCCGACUUCGGCAUGAGCCGCUAUGUCCACUUCGCUUCCAGGCUGACUGGCUGGAACGCCAUCAAGAGCCGCGUUGAGCAGCUUGGCCUGGAGAUGAGCGACGCUCAAGUCAAGAUUGUCACCCAGAAGAUCAAGGCCCUGGCUGACGUCAGGCCUAUUGCCAUUGACGACGCGGAUUCAAUCAUUCGUACUUUCCACUUGAACCUGCACUCCAAGGAGGAGCAGCCCCUGCUGCCCAACUUGACGGCCGAGGAGCAGGCUAAGUUCGAGCAGGCCGAGAAAGAGCUCGCUGGCGAGAAGGAGAAGAGGGCACUGGAUGCCACGGCUGAUGCGGAGGCUGAGAUCCCCGCCGCCAAGAAGACCAAGACUGAGGUUGUUGCUUAA